AUGUCUGGUGGGGGUGGUGGCUAUGGUGGUGGCAGAGGUCAGGGGCGGGCAUGGCAAGGUGGUCGGGGGCGGUUCAACAAUUCUGGCUACAACAACCCUCAGGGCGGUGGGGGCGUGAACUAUCAGCAAGGCCGUGGGAACUUUGGCAACAACAACUCUAGACGUUUCGGUAACAACUCCAAUCCCAUUCCAGAUUUGGGUAUUGGGUCUGGCAACAAUCCCGGGAACAAUUCGGGUUUCAAUGGUGCUCGUGGAGGUAGGGGAUCCCAGGCUAGACAACAGCAGAACUCGGGGCGGCCACCCAAUUCCGCUGCCUCUUCCAGGGCGAGUGGUUCCAACGCUGUGGCUGGUCCAGCUGCUUCCUCUCCAGCGACUGAUGUGCCACAACGUCAAGGCCGUUCUCCAAACUCUGGAAAACCUUUGGUCUGUCAGAAGUGCAACAGUGAUGGGGCAUACCUCACAACAAUGCAAAGAGAAGAUGUUAUGUGA